AUGGCUUCAUCUUUUGUCUGCUUCACCCUCCUCUUAAUCAGCAUCCACACUGCAGAUGGAUUUUUAGAGUAUAUGGUGGAACGCUGUAAAUUUAACUCCACUGAGCUGAAGGACAUGGAGUACAUCUACUCUCACUAUUACAACAAGAUAGAGUACAUCAGGUUCAGCAGCAGUGUGGGGAAGUAUGUUGGAGUCACUGAGUUUGGCGAGAACCUGGCAAAACACUGGAACAAUGAUACUGAAGAGCUGAAUUCAACGAGAAGUAAGAUAGCGACAUACUGCCUUAACAACAUUGAUAUUCAUGAUCGGGCUAUUCUAGCUAAAUCAGUUCAGCCCAGUGUCAGAAUUAAGUCCAAGACCCCGCUUUCUGGUCAGCAUCCUGCCAUGUUGGUCUGCAGCGUCUACGACUUCUUUCCCACUAAGAUCAAAGUGAGGUGGCUCAGAGAUGGACAGGAAGUCUACUCUGAUGUCACUUCCACUGAAGUGAUGCCAAAUGGUGAUUGGUACUACCAGACCCACUCCCACCUGGAGUACAAACCCAGGUCUGGGGAGAAGAUCUCCUGUGUGGUGGAGCACGCCAGCCUGAGUGAACCUCUGAUCACUGACUGGGAGUCGUCCUCGGACAAAUCAACGUCUGAAUCAACGCCACUGACUGCCAUCGGAGCCUCUAUACUGACCCUGGGUCUGAUCUUACUUCUAGUUGGAUAUAUUUUCUACAGGUGGAAAGCCCGAGGUCAGACCAGGACUCACACUCACAGACCAGUUAACAGCACUUCAUAUCAGUCUUGUUAGUAGACUAUUUGUGCUCUAAAUUCAUUUUCAGGUAGUUUUAAAUCAAUUUCUCACAAUUUAGACAAGUUUAAGUCCAUUUUUAUACCACAGUCUAAUUUCACUGCUGUGUUCAGAUUUGAUAGAUCCCAAGUAUCCCUGUACAAGAGGUCUGGAUUGGCUCUCCGCCUGAUUCUAUGCCUUUAUUGCAUUUGUUGAUUCUAAUACCAGAUUUUAAGCAAAAUUACCAAUUAGCAAAAUUACAUGUCUAUAUUACUGAACUCUGGACUUUAUUAAAUAUCCUUGAAUUAGAUGUUAAGUCCCGUAUUUAGACAGCAUCAGAUGCUUGAGGCCUCAGGGAUCUCCAUCUCUUUGACAAACCUGAGGGAUUUUACACCACUUGAGAUAGGUUUUUCAGGGCAAGCAGAAUCCAUUUGCUGAAACUGGGAUUUUAACCAAAUCAUUAUUGUUAAUGUUUUAUCCAGAAGUGUUUUCACAAUGUGGAUACAAGUUUGUUAUUGAGUCUGUUCAUCUUGCUUUUUUCAGGUCCUACUCUGUUUUCCAAUGAAUGAGGUGGGAUCCUGAUCCUAGUCGUCAUUCUUACUGGUUGAAUACAAAAUCAGCUGGUUCGUGUGUUGAACAGACUCGUGAGUUCUAUAAUGGGCUACUCUGAAUCUGAUCCAUGACUAAACACAUUUAUAGAUUUUCACUGCAUGCCUUCAAACCACAAUAAACAGAAACUGUCACCUGUGUGUUUAUUUACCUGCAUCAACACAUUAAUGUCAAAGAAACCAGUUUACACUACUUUAAACACUGACCGUGUUGUGCACCGAGGAACAGUGUUUGUCUAUAUCAAUUUUUUGUUCAUUCUUUCAUGACAUGUCUCAGAAAUCUUUUGCUCAACGAUCCAGCGAUGAGUAGCAAAGCGCUGCUGUCUUAAGUAGGGCUUCAGGAUGAGUGGAGAUCAGUGGCAGGUGUGGAGAUUGAACACAGGUGCGUGGGCCAGUGGCGCGAGCCUGUAAUGAGCACCGCCCCGGCAGAGGAGAGAGAGAGCAGAAAACAAAACAUGUUGCGUAACACGGGGUCCAUUUGCGAGGCAAAGGGACCAUGACUAAUUUUUAAAAAUCAUGAAUAAAUUUUAAAAAAGUUCAUAAAUCUGUCCAAAAGUGCAUCUAAAAACUGUGUGGGCCAAUGACCCAGACUGUGUAGCUUUGGGGGACGUUGAUGAUGGUGAUGGCUUGGACCAGACAGUGUGGAGGCCUGUGGCUCGGAUGGAGCAGGUGAAGUAGCAUGAA